AGAAUUUCCAAAAAAAAAAAUGGCCGUCACCGACUCUGCAACAACCUUUUUGGAUUUUGACGACGACGAAUACGAUGAGAUGACUACACCGGAAGAAGUGCUCCGAAAAAUGACAGCCACGUGGCAAAAUGAGCUGUGUGCUCCGUGCCUUCUCCCAACUCAAAUGGAACUUGUCGAAAUCCUACUUGAUCAGAUUCAGGGAAUGGAGGAAAAUAUUGGAAAACAAACGGAUAAAAUGCAGCUGAGAAUCUCAGUUCAUCGAGUCGAGCUUCAACGCAUUGGGUUUAUUACGUCGGAUUAUGUUAGAUGCCGCCUCCAAAAAAUCGAAUCAAAUCCACACGACGCAAUCGAUCAACACAAAAAACGAAAAGAAGAGGGAAAAAGUGAUCUACUAUCGGAAUCUGAGAUGAAAUUCGCCGAAGAAUAUGCUCUAGCGGAGUCGAACCUUUUUCAGAAAACUGUCCUGGAAUUCAUGCCAGCAGCGCUUAAAAAGAUGCCAGUUCCACGUGGCGAUCAUGAUGACGUCAUGGUUUACGCAAAAGUGACGUCAGAUGACGUGGGCAACGUUGCGAUUCCGGAUUGGCAGGAUUUGAAUGGAGAAGUGAUUUUGGAAAUGGAACCGGAAUCGUGUCAUUUGAUUCCGUUCGAAUCGGUACAUCAAUUGGUUGAAGAUGGAAAUAUUCAACUGAUGUGAAGAAGAAUUUUUUGAUAAUUUUUUCGGAUUUUUUUGGAAUUUUCAUCAUUUUUACCCCUAAAAUCGUAAAUUUAAUCCAUUUUUUUGUAAUUUUCCCGAAUUUUUCAUCAUUUUUUACCCCUGAAACCCCCUUUUUUUUUUUUUACAUAUGUCUACUUUAAUUUGUCACUUUUUGCCAAUUUUCUGUCAAAAAAUGAGCAUUUUCACUGAAAUUUUGCGGUGAUUUUUCGCCUGUUUUCUCCUCUUUGAAUCUCAAUUUUUCACUUUAAAAUUAUCAAAUUUUGCUCAAAAACCUCAUUAUUCCAUUUUUAUGUUCCCCCAAAAAACUGGAUUUUCACUUCAAAAAUCGGGUUUUUUUCUCUUAAAUUUUCAUUUAUUUUAGCUUUUUUAAACAUAAAAACGAAGCUUACUCCAUGUUUUUUCCUGAAAAUAGACAAAAAAAUUUGGUUUGAUAUAAAUUUUCGAUUUU